AUGAAGCGCCAGGUGUCUGGUGUGGACUGGAAGCAUGACAAGGGUGCCAGUGAAAACCCCAGUCAGACCCCACAGACCAGCUCCUCCUCUGCCCUUAAACCAGGCACAGACAAACUCCAUCCUCUUGGCUGGUGGGGAAACCACCAGGAAAACACGGCACAGACCUCAGAUAGUCGUGCUGUGCUGCUUCAAAGAAUCUCCUGUCAAGUGGGUGAAACAAGCAAGCGAGCAGAAGGAGAAUGGCAGAAAUGUGCACGUUGGCGCCAGCAUCCUCCUGCACAGGGCUGGUCCUUCUGCAGGCAGUCCUCUGUGUUUAGAAACGUAGAGCUGACCAACACGUGUCUGCUUGUGAAUGGCAGUUGUGUGGGAAGUCAGGAAAGCAAAGCCGACAACAGCACGUGGAUUCUUCCCAACUUGCCCAGUAAGUGCACAUGGACAGCUGCAACGCCUGCCACCAAGUCUCCACAUUCCUGUAUGCCCUUGCCAGAAGAAACAAAGAUCUUGCCCAACAUCCUGAAGAAAAUUGGCUGCACCCCAAUGGUCCGAGUCAACAAGAUUGGGAAGUCCUAUGGGCUCAAGUGUGAGCUCCUGGCAAAAUGUGAGUACUUCAAUGCAGGAGGCAGUGUGAAGGACCGCAUCAGCCUGAGGAUGGUGGAAGACGCAGAGAGAGCUGGGAUUAUAAAACCAGGAGACACACUGAUUGAACCCACUUCAGGAAACACAGGAAUCGGGCUGGCACUGGUAGCUGCAGUGAAAGGUUACCGCUGCAUCAUUGUCUUGCCGGAGAAAAUGAGCAUGGAGAAGGUCGAUAUUCUGAAGGCACUGGGUGUUGAAAUUGUGAGGACCCCAUGCACCCGCUUUGAUGCCCCGGAGUCUAACAUUCGUGUUGCCUGGAAGCUGAAAAAUGAAAUCCCAAACUCUCACAUCCUUGACCAGUACAGAAAUCCAAGCAACCCCCUGGCUCAUUACGACACCACAGCUGAGGAGAUCCUGGAGCAGUGUGAAGGCAAGGUCCACAUGGUGGUGAUUGGGUCUGGUACAGGAGGCACCGUCACUGGCGUUGCCAGGAAGCUGAAGGAGAAGUGUCCGGAGUGCAAGAUAAUUGGUGUAGAUCCUGACGGCUCCAUCGUUGCUCUGCCCAGUGAGAUGAACAGGACGAACACCACAGUCAUUGAAGUGGAGGGCAUUGGGCAUGACUUUAUCCCUACUGUCCUUGACAGAUCAGUGGUUGAUCAGUGGUAUAAAUGCAAUGACAGAGACUCGUUCCUCAUGUCUCGCAGGCUGAUCAGAGAGGAGGGGUUAUUGUGCGGUGGCAGCUCGGGCAGUGCCAUGUCUGUUGCUGUGCAGGCUGCCAGGGACCUGAAGGAAGGUCAGCGCUGUGUCGUCAUCCUGCCUGACUCCGUCAGGAACUACAUGUCCAAAUUUUUGAAUGAUAAGUGGAUGAUAAAAAAUGGUUUCCUAAAUGAUGUCCAGGAGCACAAGCCUUGGUGGUGGAACAUCAAGGUGCAGAAACUGAAUCUCUCAGCCCCUCUCAUUCUACUCCCAGAAGUCAGCUGUCAAAAGGCAAUUGAGAUCCUCCAAGAGAAGGGAUAUGACCAAGCUCCUGUUGUUGCUGACUCGGGACUUAUUUUGGGAAUGGUGACCCUCAGCAACACCCUCACCUCAGUUCUGGCUGGAAACGCACAGUUCUCAGACCCCGUUACGAAGGUCAUCUAUGACCAGUUCUCAAAGAUUGGCCUGGAGGACAGCCUUGGGAAGCUUUCCUCCAUCCUGGAGAACGACCAUUUUGCUAUUGUUGUACAUGAGCAAAUGCAGUUCAAUGGAAAUGGCAGUUCCUUCAUGAAGCAGAUGGUAUUUGGUGUGGUCACAGCAGUGGACCUCCUCACCUUUGUCAGCAGAAACGACAAGAAGUAGCACAGCGAUGUGGCUGCGCCCACCUCCACUCCUCCUGCAGGGCCAGCUGCACCCUCCAAGCCCGAACCACACGGCCGACGGUGCCUUCUGGUCUAAUCCAGCUCAUAGUUUCUCAAAAUGACUAGGGGAAAAUUGUAAUGUAAUAACCAUUUGUCUGCUAAAUGCCACCCAGAAUAUC